UUAGUAAUUAUUAAAAAUUGUACGUCCAUCUAUAUUAGGAAAAAUGAAGUAGGUCGUGAUGAAACGCAGAAAACAAUGGCGCUGAAUUACAAAUAGGUGCAUUUAAUGUACUGCCACUUUGCAAAUGAGGCUGUGAUGAGUGAUGACCAAUAUCAAAAGAAGAUUAAAAGAUGCAUACGACAGUGUUAUCUUUUACGCGAACAAAACGUGGACCAACGACAACUAUCUCUAUCACAAAGCCAAUCAGGAGCUAUAUGCCCGUUACGUAAAGAUUCAGGAAACGUUCGCCGAAGAAGUAACACGACCGAGAACCGUUCGCGACAGCAUACCCAAUAGUAAAUUGGCGCAGUACUCGAACUAUAAGUACGACGAAUCCAGGGAAUUGUCAUACACCCCUAUCGGGCCGGACGUGGUAUUUCAUUAUCCGUGCCAGUUGAAGCAAAUGAACGCGAACGAACCAUGGAUGUUACCUGAAGUCGAACAGCUCUUCAUCUGGCUAACUUAUUCUCCUACUUUUAAUUUGACGCAGUACAUGGAUCUUGCGGAUUAUAAUCACACGGAAACUUAUGAUUUGGCGAGAAACUUCUGCAACGAUGACGAAGAUCUUCACGUGAUCAAUCCGAGGCGAUACGAAGAUUUCGAAAGGACACCAGGAAAACCACGGUUUACAAAAUACGAUUAUUUAUUUGAAAUAGAUUCAAAAAUGAUUGUACCACCUCCGGUUCUUAAUUUUAAUAGUUUUGAAGAUAUGACGGUUAAAAUGAAAUUUGAUGUUGAUGCAAUCAAAAAUAUAUGGAAAACAAAUAGAUGUGAAGAAAUGGGUCCAAAUAAAAAACUCCAAGUGUAUAAAUCUCCGUUUGAUAACAUCUUUAUAGACGAGACAUCAUCUUCAUCGCAAAAAUUUCUUCAUUACCCCGAAUAUUUUAACGUAGAGCGAAAUCCAUAUCACUUUAAUGAACUUCAAGAAAAAGCCAGCGAUUUUCGGAAUUUGCAGAACUUAACAGACGUUUUAAAAAAAAUUAAGGAUAGCGAUGUUAUAACAACAGCCAAUAGAAAUACUAAAGUAACUUCUUCAAUAGUUCCUAUGCGAUCAGAAACAGAAUGUGCUGCAAAUACCCCGGCUAGAAGAUUAUAUUCGGAUGUAGUUCAAGGAGUUGCAUCUAACAACAAACCGUCAACAUCGAAAUCUCACGUAAAUUUAGACAGUUCACCGCCUUUGGCACAUACCUCUUCGUGUAAAGAUAUCCAAUUUGGAAAUUUAGAUGAGGGAAUAUCUUCAACGAGUUCGUACAAGUAUAUUCCGCCAAAAACGCGUCCUUCGUCGCCAUCUACUAGUUGGUUAGAUCAACUUAGAGGAAAACAAGAUUCCAGGAUGUUUUUAAAACACGACGAUGGACGAAAAGCGGAAUGUUCACAAACGAAAAUUUCUAAUUCUUCACAUACCUCGUCUACGCAAACGAAAUCGUUUCCUACGUCAAGUUUAUUUUCGGAAUCUUUAUCGAAUAGUCCAAUUACUUGUUAUAAUAACUUUCCUAGCAGCGGUUAUCCGAAUUGUGUGCAAAAUGCUUUCGGAUCUAGCGAUUAUCAACCGAGCGAUCUUCAAGCCGCUUUUCAUGCCUUUCAUAAUCAGAACCUUCAAAACGCUUACCAAGGAAAUUAUUUUGGAAAUACCCCAUAUCAAUAUCCACAGGGCAAUUUAUAUUGUAACAAUUUUACAACUGGGAAUUACCCUUCGAAUCAUUAUUCAUAUCCGACGACAUCCUUUCCAAAUCCGCUAACCACAACUGCGGCAGCAGCAAGAAGUUUUGUCCAACAACAGCAGCAACAACAACAACAGCAACAAAAUCAGAAUAGUUUGCAUUAUAAUUCGGGUCAAUGGGUUAUUAAUCAGAUUCGUUCACCAUCGGUUUUUAAUGUUGCCCAUUUUCCACCUCAACCUUAUUUUUUAUUACCUUCGCAUUUUCCAAAACAAAGAUGGUUACAUUAUAUGAGACAACCACCAACACCUCAGGCCUACCAAUUAAACGCAACGACUCCACCUCACCCGCCUUCCUCGAAUCAGCAACCUCAAGCGGUACCGGUAUCGCAGAUGCAACAACAAGUUUCACCACAAACCAUACAACAAUUACAACAAAAUUGGAGUGGAGUCGUUCAACAAAGUCAUCAACAAUCGAACCAAACGAGUCAAUCGGUUUUUAAAACGACAUCAACCCAACACAUCGUUGCCGCAAGUUACAAUGCAUUCGAAGGUUCGUCUUCGAGUAUGCAUAAUUUAGAUUCGUCGACGAAACAAAAGUUGAAAAGUAGAAAAAUAAAUUCUCAAGUGAAUUUGGCUUUUAAAACGGUUAGGAGUAAAUCGCCGGAUGUUAAAUCGAGUUCGACUACCUCGAAACGAUCGUCGAUUACUUCGGAGGGUUCUUGUGCUGGUGAGGUAUUAGAUAGUAGUAAUAAUAAUGGGAAUUUGAUGAAGGUUUCUCAAGAACAACAACAGAAGCAAAGGGUAGAAAAAGAUGUUGGGAUGAUAGUGGCAGAUGAUUCAAAUAAAGGAAAGGGUAUUAUUAUUCAAAAGAAUUCUUCUGAGGGAAAGAAAAUAUUUUCGAAUUCUUCAACAGUGAUGACGAGAGAUUACGAGAGUGAAAUUCAUUCUUUACCGGUUACAGCGACAGCGUCUGAAGAAUUGGAGAGACAAGCACUUGAUGAGUAUGAAUCGUCAAAUGAAAGUUUUUACAAAGAAUUGGAACGUCAAGCUGAGGAACAAUACGAAGACUCGGAAAACCGGUUCGGCCCCCCGAAUGAUUUAGAAUUCGACAAUAAGUCCUUUUUCGGGGGGCUUUGCGCCAAUUAUUACUACUUGAUGAUGGUUUGCUAUAUUUAUCACUAUGCUUAAGGUGUAAUAUUCAACGUAUUAUUUUGUCUAUUUUCGG